AGCAAUAAAUAAUCAAUAAAAAAGUACUAAUAUAAAAUAAAAAUAAAUAAUAGAAUAUAGAAACUAACGUAAUAAUAAUAGUAAAUAAAUAAUAAUUCUUCGAAUAUAAAUAAUAAUUUUUUAAAAAAAUUUAAAUUUUUAAAAAUUUUAAAUAAUUAACAUAAAAAAAUGCACUAAAAAUUUUUUAUAAUCAAAUCAAUAAAAUGCAAUUUUCCAGAGGAAAUUGAAGAAGAACAAAAUGAUGUGUUGGAUAGUGAACGAUAUUUAAGUGACAUACACGAGGAUGAGAAAUCACGAGAUACAAUGGAGGCUGACACCUGUUAAUUAUUAUUUUGGAGAAUGUGCGCGUAUAUAAAAAAAAAUAUGGCGAUAAAAAGCGCGCGCACGUGUUAUAUAAAAAUUUAAUUAAUAACAAAUAAAUAAUAAAUAAAUAAAAAUUUUUUUUUUAACAAUAAAUGGACCACAAUUAAUGGUGAAUGUGGGUUCGAGAUUUUUUUUUCUUUUUUUCUAUGUGACAUGAGGAAGACACGUUGCCCUAUUAAUCGUGUCCUUUCUCUUGGAACAAUUGUUGCAAGGCUAGAUAAUAAAAGAGAAAAUUCGGAAUAUGAAGAGUUUUCGUGGGAAGGGCAUCGAACAUGUUUUACCUUCUGAUGUGAAAAUAAAGGAAAAUUCACGUAAAGGAUCAUCGAAAUCAUUAUCAUCAUCAUUAUCAUCUUCCUCAUCAUCAAGCAAAAAGAAUAAAAAGAAAAAACUUGGAUGGAUACGUUUGGCCAGAUCCAAACGUAAAAGCCGACACGACGUUUGGAUUAUGGAUGCCGUCAGGAACCUCUAUUUUCUCUUUCAUGUGAACAGAGUAAGAAGUGAUGGUUGUGUAACCAGACUCCAUGUACUUACUGCCGUUCUUCUGAUCGUCUUUUCCGUAAUGCUUUCGGCGAAACAAGCAGUUGGCAAUCCUAUUGAUUGCAUUCACACAAGGGACAUUCCAGUUGAAGCUUUUAACGCUUAUUGCUGGAUGCAUAGCACGUAUUUCGUGACUGGUGCAAUGUUGGGCGUUGCUGGUGUAGACGUUGCAUUUCCUGGUGUCGCGCCAGCAUUGCAAUUCAACAACUAUCGUAAUCAUCGACAGCAACAUCAGGUCGACCGUCAACGUGUCGCUGAAGGAAUAACAAAGCAUGUAAAAUAUUAUCAAUGGGUUCCCUUUGUUCUCGUCUUUCAGGCAAUACUUUUCUAUACGCCACGAUGGCUUUGGAAGGGUUGGGAGGGCGGCAAGAUUCACGCUCUUAUGAUGGACCUCGACAUUGGACUCUGUUCCGAAGUGGAGAAGAAGCAAAAGAAGAAGAUGCUGUUGGAUUAUCUCUGGGAGAAUCUUCGCUACCACAAUUGGUGGGCGUACAGAUAUUACCUCUGCGAGCUUCUUGCCCUGCUCAAUGUAAUCGGCCAGAUGUUCCUGAUGAAUCGUUUCUUCGAUGGUGCCUUCCUUACAUUUGGCAUUGAUGUCCUGCGAUUUCUUGAGUCCGAUCAAGAGGAUCGUAUCGAUCCAAUGAUCUACGUCUUCCCAAGGAUGACCAAAUGCACAUUCUACAAAUAUGGCGUUAGCGGUGAAGUUGAGAGACACGAUGCCGUUUGCAUAUUACCACUAAAUGUCGUCAACGAGAAGAUCUACGUCUUCCUUUGGUUCUGGUUCCUUUUCCUCGGCAUUCUCAGUUUAUUGACUGUUAUUUAUAGGAUCAUCAUAAUAUUUUCGCCUCGAACGAGGGUACACCUAUUGAGACUGAGGUUUCGUCUUGUACGACGAGAUGCUGUUGAAACGAUUGUACGUCGAAGUAAAGUGGGAGAUUGGUUCCUCCUCUAUAUGUUGGGUGAAAAUUUGGACACCGUCAUAUAUAGAGACGUGAUGCACGAGUUGGCGAACAAACUAGCCUCAAGGCAUCAUCACAGUAUACCAGGAGUCAAGGGCGAGCUUCAAGAAGCCUGAUCGAAGACUCUGAGAGGCUUAUCUUGGGCGGAUCGUCGACGGCAUGGCACUCUCAACGGGGGAGCCAAGAACUCAAGGACACAAGAAUUAGAGGAUCCUCUUGAUCGAGUGUAUAUCGCGGAGUUCAACAGCUGUUGCGUCUACAGAAUUCUCGUAAGAGUUCCUCAUCAUGAUGAUACCAAAGGAUAACAAAAACCAAAGGAAUGCUUGUAUAUAUAUACAUACCUAUAUAUAUAUAUAUACGUCCUACAUAAAAGAGGAACGAACAUUUUGCGUUAUACCGAUUGGAUCGCCUUUUUUUUCUAUAUAUUUAUAUAUAUAUAGUUAAAAAAAGACGACUUUUGUACGUGCGACAACGAAUUGAAAAUUUUACUAGAUUAUUUAUUUCUUAUUUAAAAUAGAUAAAAUAUUUUUAAGAAAGUAUUAAUUGCUUGGUACAUGUUUAUAUUCACUGCCUAUUUUUCCUCUAAAUUUUUAUUCUUUCAGUAUUCUAUAAAAUGAUUAUUGGAACGUAUUAAUUAUUAAAAAUGAUUUCCUCUUGAUUUGAGAGGAUGUUACUAUUUUAUCACAUAGUCAAUUUCAGUUCUUAUUUUCUUAAAAAAAAAUAAAAUCUUUUAUUUUAAAGGAGAAUAUUCUUGUUUUGAGAGGAAAAUGUAAUCUUAAA